CCAAGGUUCGGGGGCGGGGCGGCGUCCUUUUCCGGCGGAAAGAUGGCGGCGAAGGCGCGCGUGGUGCCCAGCGACCUCUUCCCUCUGGUCUUGGCCUUCCUGAGGGAGAACCACUUCGACGGGGCGGCGCGCGCGUUCGGGAAGGCGACCGGCGUGACAGAGCAAGACCCCAAUGCUGCUUCACUCCUUGAUGUCUUCAACUAUUGGCUGAAAUCACCUGAAGCUAAGAAACGGCAAGCUUUUCCUAAUGGCCCUCCUGCAAAAAAAGCAAAGAAAGAGUCUUCAUCCAGUUCUGAGAGCUCCAGUGAGGAUGAGAAGCCCCCACCUAAAAAAGCCAGUAAGCUGACCCCCGUGUCCAAAGUGCCUGUCAAGGCAGCUCCUGUAAAGGCAAAGAGCAGCAGUGAUGACUCCAGUGACUCUUCAGACUCUGAGCAAGAAAAGAAGAAGCCAGCAAAGAAAGGAGAAGUUCUUCAGGUAAAGAAGACAGUCACCCCAAAAACAAAGCCCCAGAAGAAGCAAAGCAGUUCUAGUUCAGAUUCAAGUAGUUCAGAAGAUGAAGCUCCAAAGAAGCAGUUGCCAAAGUCAACAGGAGCUAAAAUGGUGACAGGAACUAAAAAGGCAGCACAACUGCCAUCAAAAUCAGAAACUGUCAAAGUUACCAAGGUGGUGCCUAAAAUCACUAAUGGCAAAGCAGAGAGUAGCAGUAGCAGCGACAGCAGCAGCAGUAGUGAGGAUUCUGAUGCAGAAAAGAAAGCACCAGUGAAGAAUAAGGCAGGCAAAGCACCACAGCCCAAACCCAAAGUUGUUCAAACUCCUGUGGAGAAAGGCAAAGCCCAGAAGAAGCAGAGCAGCAGUAGCAGCAGUGAAGAUUCUUCUGAUAGUUCUGAAGAGGAAAAGCAACGCCCAAAGCCUAAGACUGGCCGGUACAGUGCCGUGCCACCCCCUAUGUCCAUGGAGUCAAAGAACAACAAAGCACAAGAAACUGCUAGUAAGAAAAAGUUGGAGAAAAAUGACAAAAAGAAUCCAGUGUCUAAAAAGGGAACAACAGGACCUGUAGCGAAACAACAUGCUACUCCUACUCAAAAGGAAGAGGAUAGUUCAGAGAGUGAUUCAGAUUCUACAUCUGAAGAAGAGAAGAAGGUCUCUUCUUCUGCAAAAUCUCCUGCAGCAAAGUCUGCAAAAUCUCCUGCAGCAAAGAGUCCUGCUAAACCAGCUCAAUCAAAGAAAGAGAGCAGCUCAUCUGAUUCUUCAGAUUCUGAUAGUUCUGAGAACGAAGUUCCUGUGAAGACAACAAAAAAGCUUCCUGCUGCGACAGUGGCAAAAAAAGCAAAUGGCAGCACUGCAAACAAGAAAGUUCUCACAAAAGGACUUGGUGCAAAGACUACCAAACUGGGCUCUGAAUCCAAAGCAAGCAGUUCAGAUUCAAGCAGCUCCAGUAGUGAAGAGGAAGAAGAAAAAAAGCCCGCCUUGAAGCCAAGCAGCAAGUUGUCAGGAGCGAGCAGCGUGAAGGUGGGAAAACAGGCUCCACCCAAAAGCAGUAGCAGCAGCUCUUCUGAUAGCUCCAGUGAUGAGGAGCCCAAAAAGGCAGGAUUAGGGAUGAAAAAGAAAGCAAAGGAUAGCGUCAGUACACCUGGGAAGAAGCCGAAGACCUCAUCUAACCUUGAAGGGAAACUAUCAGCAUCAAAAAAGAAAACAUCUCAAACAGCUGGUGAUUCAGAGGCCAGUAGUUCUGAUGAAGAAGCUGAGAAUGGAGGUUUGCCCAAGGAGAAGCGGAAAAGGGAAAAUGAUAAGGAGUCGGAAACACCAGACAACAAGAAAAUGAAAGCUAAAACGCCACACACAUUCCCCAAGAUGAAGCGGCAAUCUAGUCCUUUUCGUAGAGUAAGAGAAGAGGAGAUAGAAGUGGAUGAGCGAGUAGCAAAUAAUUCAUUUGAUGCUAAGAAAGGAGCUGCGGGAGACUGGGGUCAAAAGGCAAAUGACGUUCUGAAAUUUACAAAAGGCAAAUCCUUCCGACACGAGAAGACAAAGAAGAAAAGGGGAAGCUACUGUGGUGGCAGUAUCUCUACGGAGAUAAACUCCAUCAAAUUUGAGAGUGACUGAGUUUCCAUUUUGUCUCCAGAAUCUCAGGCUUGAGCAAUGAAGUGGCCGUCUUUUCUGCCAAGCAUUGACACAGUCCCCGUACGGUUCACAUGUGAGGACAGCUGCCAGUUUUGUUGAGAGCAAAAUUCAACAGUGGGAUUUUAGUGGAGACGUACUAUUGCUCCUUUGGGUUUUCCUAGACUUUUCCCGUUAUGCACACUUUUAUUAAUAUAAAAUUAAUAAAAUUUUAUAAUUAUUAAGUGGCAGGGAUUUAUUUUUUGCAUUCCCGAUGAAACAAUGGUGGCCCCGUUUGAUUUUCCCCAACAAAUAUUGGUGUACAUUGGGAGUAACAGUCUUAUUUUCUGCCUCUGUGACAUCACACACAUGUGGCAGGAAAUUAAAUGUUGUCUCUUAUCUACUGAACUAACAAACUGUUUUGUGCCUUUCACACCAUGUGAGAUUCCUUGCUGAAUGUCUUUUAAUAAGUAGAACAGGUUCCACUUCUUAGUGUUUUUUUGUUUUAUCUUUUUCAAUCUUUUCUUCAGAUAGGGCAUUUUAAAAACAUCCUCCUUUUGUGUAAGAGUUGAGUAGCCUUGCCUAAGCUUAAAUAAAUCAUUUUUCCUCUGGGUUUUUGGCCAUAGCCCUGAUCAUCACUGACUACCUACAGCUCUUUUUUCAGUUGCUUCAGAAACCAUAAAGAUUCAAGAGUAAAGUAACUGCAGAGUUCAUUGCCACCUUUAUACUGGUGAUCUAGUGCAUCUAGUGAAAGUUCUGUUCCAUCUAUCUCUUUUGCUUUUAGGAAAACAAUGAAUGAUUCCCCCCCCCCCCCCAGCCAACAUGGUAUCAGUUACAGUUUUACUGAGAGAACUGUACAAUGUUAGACAUAGUAAUUUUAGCAGACUUUGCUGGCCAUUGAAACAUUGUUGUCUCCUUAAUAUUUCUUUCUAGUCAGUGGGGCCUAGGGCUUGCCAGUUUGACGUGGAAAGGAAAGCAUGUGGGAAAAGCACAUGCUUGAGGGGGAAUGGUGUGGUGACUGUAAGGAGGAUUUCCCCAAUUCCCUAUGGAAGCAUUUAAGCUCUCACCCCUCCCAUCUAAACUGGUACAAUCUGGCAGUCUGUUGAGAUUGCUGCUGUAGAUGCAAAUGUAAGUGUGUUUCAGAAUCCGUCCACAGUUGAUAUAUAAAGGUUUAAAAAAAAUUGGAACUGCCCGGAGAGCCUGUUCUUUCAAACGCCUCAACUCUCGUCUGUUUUGUAUUAAAAUUCCAUGCUGAUAGUACAAAGACCUUAACGUUGGGGUGGACUGGAGAUAUUUUAAUAAACAAGGAUCUCUAUUACAAUAAAAACAUUUUGUAAAUGUUCAAA